AUGCCUUCCUCUCGUCGUUCUCGUCGUUAUCGUCGUUCUCGUCAGUCUCAUCGUUCUCAUCGUUCUCGCCAUCACCGGCAGGUGUGGUUCGAUCUCGAAUUGGCAUAUGAUGCCUCGGAAGCUUUUGAUAUCAGCCUUGAUUAUGCCGUAGAUUUGAUCCACGGUCUGAGGUAUGAUAGGUGCAGGCACACAAGACACUUGGAUUUUGUCGACAGGAACGAACAGUUGGAGUUGAUCAGACUGGAGGCCCAACGGCUCCAACUCCUCUCGACCAUGAAUCCUCCAACUCCCAUUAACCUGGACACACCGUCGGCCUUCUCGUCUGAGCAAACUUACAGUGGUAUUUCUCCCACCUCACAGCCUGGCCGUGUUAUCCUUACCGCUAUAGGCCCUGGUUCAACAGUCCCCAGUGAUAGCGAUAUCAGUUUCUUGGAUAUCGGUCCCGGUUUGAGCUCCUCUCGAGAACACACUUCCACUCGUGCUGCGUCCACUCGUGCUGCGUCCACUCUUCGCCACCCCGCUAUCAAUGGAUCAGAUGUCAUGCUCACCGGCGCUGAACCUGCCAGGCUUGAUUACGACAGUGAUGAUUACGACAUUACAGGCCCUGCUAGACUGCCCAUUGACGAACCCAUCGAGAUAUUAAACCUCCCGAAUCCAGAAGAUCCAGUCGCAUGGCUCGAGCGAGCCCGUCGCCGCGCCGAUCCCGAUCUUGAUCUCAUCCUGGCAUAUAGAGGUAUCAUUCCACCUCGUAGCAGUUCUCCUCCACUUUCACCCGACCACAUUAGUAAUGUGAUGCGUUACUACGUCACAUUCAAUCACCUUCCAGUUGAGUAUUAUUUCGACGAAGAUAUUGAUCGCCACAUCCGGGCGCUGUCUGUCCCGCAUUCACCUCUAUCUCCGUCUGUUGGAGCUCGGCCGUGGCUGCCACGCUCGCAUACAUCUUUCGAAGGCAUGGAGCCGGAGUUUGCAGCAAUGCGCACCGAGGAGCAAGCGAGAGAAGCCCUCAGAGCAGCGGCGCCAGAGGCCGUCAUCGAUGAAGAUGAGAACACGGACACGGAUGUGAAGCUGGGUUCUGACGAGCUUUGA